GUAUACUGCAGCAUCCAGACGGGACCGUCCUUAAGCAGUUGCAGCCACCACCUCGCGGUCCCAGGGAGCUGGAGUUCUACAACAAGGUUUAUGACUCCGAGUGUUGCGACAGCAUUCUUCUGGAGCUGCGGGAAUAUCUGCCAAAAUACUUCGGUGUCUGGUCACCACCUACUGCACCAAAUGAUACGUAUCUAAAACUGGAAGAUGUGACCUGUAAGUUUAAUAAGCCUUGCAUAAUGGACGUAAAAAUAGGUCAGAAAAGUUACGAUCCGUAUGCUUCAGCUGAGAAGAUACAGCAGCAGGUCAGCAAGUACCCGCUGAUGGAGGAGAUUGGCUUUUUGGUACUUGGCAUGAGGGUCUACCAUGUCUCUUCUGACAGCUACGAGACGCAAAACCAGCACUAUGGAAGGAGCUUGACAAAGGAGACAGUAAAGGAUGGCAUCUCCAAGUUUUUCCACAAUGGGUACUGCUUGAGAAAAGAUGCAAUAGCUGCCAGCAUUCAGAAGAUUGAAAAAAUUUUGGAGUGGUUUGAGGGCCAGAAGCAACUCAACUUUUAUGCAAGCUCGUUGCUGUUUGUUUACGAAGGUUCGUGUCAGGCAACAACCGUGCGGUUGAGCGAUGUCACCUUGGCAGAGAAGAGAGGAAUGCCCAAAGGACUGUUAUCAGGUGGAGACAUACUGGAGUAUAAUAAUAAUAUUCAUGUCAUAAAUUCUACAGAGAACGGAAAAAUUGAGGCCUCUGUAAGUAAAGGCUUGUCCAAAUUUUAUGCACUUCACAAAAAGGCAUACUCCAAGAGGCACCACAGUCAACUCUCACUAAAAGUUGAAAACUUGGAGCAAGACAACGUGUGGAAAAGCAGCACGUGCAUUACACAGGAGCACCUGAACGGAAACGUUAUACCCCAACUGGAAAAAGUUUUCUGUCACAUGCCAGCAGAGAUCAAGGAAAGCGCAAACGUAGAAGUCCGCAUGAUAGAUUUUGCUCAUGUGUUUCCUAGCAACACAAAGGAUGAGGGCUACAUUUAUGGUCUGAAGAAUUUAAUCACAGUACUUCAAAAUAUUUUGGAUAACUAAAUUCUUUGCUAUGGUUUUUACUGGGGGCCAAUGAUAAAGAAGAG